AUGGCCACCCGCGACAAAUCUCCCCCUUCCACACCAACAACAACACCACCACCAAAAACACACGCCUCCUCCCACCAAAUCCCCCCAAUCGCCCUCAUAGUCUACCCUAUAACCCUCCUAGUUGGCUCCCUCUACUCUUCCAUCUCACCGACCGCCCGGUUCCCGCACGCCCACCCGGCACCCCUAGCCCCCUCGAUCGCAACAGACAUAAACCUCUCCUCGCCUCCGGAAAGCCCGGUAAACUACUUCGCGCGGAAGGACAAUGUCUUCAAUGUGUAUUUCGUGAAAAUCGGCUGGCUAUGGCUUACGCUCGCGUUCGCAUCACUACUCAUCUCGCAACCCGUCUACCGUAAGACGGCUACUUCCUCGGGACGCCUCACCCAGGCAACCGUACGCUACGCCCUCGCAACAACAGCAUGGUAUUUAAUGACACAAUGGUUCUUCGGUCCACCGGUUAUCGAUCGCAGUUUUGUGAUCACAGGCGGUGGCUGUGAGCGUGUUGCUAGUGGUGUUGCGGGUGCUGCACAGGCGGCCACGGGGGCGGGAGAAGUCGCGGCGUUAGAAUCUGUGCUUACGGCGGCGGCUUGUAAAGCUGCAGGGGGGAAAUGGGCUGGGGGUCAUGAUGUUAGUGGGCAUGUUUUCAUGUUGGUUGUCGUGACGGGGGUGCUUGUUUGUGAGGGUGUGGGGGUUGCCGGUGAUGCGAUUUGCAAGGCACUGUCGUUUUCCACCGGUGAAGAGGGGAAUAGGAAAGAUGAGGAUGAAGGAGAGAAAGGGCGCGUUUGGGUGUUGAGGUUCGUACUUGCGGUUGCGGGGUUGGGAUGGUGGAUGUUGUUUAUGACAGCGAUUUGGUUUCAUACGUGGUUGGAGAAGUGGUCCGGAUUGACGAUUGCGUUGGGAACGCUUUAUGCGAUUUAUUUCCUGCCGAGAAAGGUGCCGGCGUGGAGGAAGGUUGUUGGGAUGCCGGGUGUUUAA